AUGGUCAGACUGCUUGAUUCGGAGCAGCCAAGGGUGGAGUCCAUCGAGGCGGAGAAGGAAUUUGUCAAAGAAUAUUCCAAAGCCGCACAGCAGAUUGCGAGAAUAGGUGAUGUGGACCGUAUGUGGCAAAGUGUUCAGUCCGACAUCAACAAAUCUUUGCAAGUGCUGUUGGGUGAUGCCGAUGAGACGGACAAGCUGGCAAAGAAGAUGCGGCCGCAGACACCGUCGGAUGAAGCGGCAGAGGGCCAAGCACCCUGA